UAAAGUACAAGGGAGUAACUUAAAACUAAUCGGACUUUAUAUACAGCUAGGGUUUUGGCUCCCGCACCCUACCAGUUCCUUGCGUCUCUCUAAUCUCUCCAUAGCAGCAGCUGCAGUUUGACAGAAGAUUCAAUCAAACAGAACAAAAUGGCAGGUGAAGAGGCUGUUGUGGUACCAGUGGAGGCACCUGCAGCUCCAGCAGCAGCUCUUGGGGAGCCAAUGGACAUCAUGACAGCUUUGCAGCUUGUUCUAAGAAAGUCACUUGCUCAUGGAGGCCUUGUGAGGGGUCUUCAUGAGGCUGCAAAAGUUAUUGAGAAACAUGCUGCUCUUCUUUGUGUAUUGGCAGAGGAUUGUAAUCAGCCUGACUACCAAAAAUUGGUCAAAGCACUUUGUGCUGACCAUAAUGUCAGUUUAGUAACUGUUCCAGCUGCAAAGACUCUUGGCGAAUGGGCUGGCCUGUGCAAGAUUGAUUCGGAAGGAAAGGCAAGAAAGGUUGUGGGUUGUUCAUGCCUUGUUGUGAGGGAUUAUGGGGAGGAGUCUGAAGGACUCCACAUUGUUCAGGAGUAUGUGAAAUCCCAUUAAGUAUUUGAGAAUGGAUCGAAACUAGUUGGUGGGAAUCCAAAACUUUGUUUUAUUUUUCGACUUUUGUCUGUUUGGAACUUUGUUUUAGAAAAUUUUGAAUGGUUUUAUAAACAUUAGAUUCCAAUCAUCGAGAGUUUCAAGUUUUA